AGUUGCGGAGGGUGCAGCUCACUGGCCCAUAUGGGAAUUGAACUGGCAACCCUGUUGCUCAGAGCUCACAUUGUAACCAACUAAGCUACCUGGCCGCCCCACCAUGUCCUUUAAUAAACUGGAAAAUAUUGGGGUCUCCCUGAGCUCUUCAGCUGUUCCAGUUAAUGGAGCUGAGGCAGGCUCUAGGGACCUCUGAUCUAUAGCCAGUCAAUCAGAAGCACGGGUGACCAUGUGGACUUGUGAUUGGCAUCUGAAGUGAAGGGGCGGGGCCGACUGUGGGACUGAGCCCUCACCUGUGGGACCUGCCGCUCUCUCUGGGUAGAUGGAGUUGGAACUGGAUUGAGCUGUAGGACACCAGUGGGCAUUGGAGACCCGCGUGUAGUUGUGGGGAAAACUGCCACAGCAGUGGUGAGCAGCCGUCUCAGAAGGGAAGUGUCCUUGUGAGAGUGAAGACACCAGGAAGAAAGACAUAAGAGGACGAGCUGGGUUUUCCCACACAGAAGGUGCACUGAGCUGAGUUUUAAUGUCGAUAAAUAAAGCCAAAGAGAAAAGCCAUGUUAGAAAAAGUUAAUGUGAAAAUAAGAAAUCGGGUCAGACUUUUGUUUCCAAGAGAGGCAGCUCAGCCCACCGGAGGGCAGCACCUGAUCAGCCCGGAGGGAGCUCCCUGUGUGCAGUGAAGUGGCAGCUCGAAGGGCGUCCUAUCUCCUUACAAGCCUUUGGGAGAACCCGUGAGGGUCCAUGGAUGCAAGAACGGCUCCUGCUGGUAGGGAACAUAUCAGUUGCCCCAAAGGGGCCACGAAAACAGUCGUGACACUUAAAAAUUACACUUACAUGAUGACAGUGUUAAAACAGCAGGAGAACAUAGUUCCACCAAGAAAAAACAUACCAGAAAGAGCACAGGAAUCAUAUUUGUUUUGGUUCUUCCAAGAGAAGCAGAAGAGCAAGUGGAAGAGAGCCUGUGACACCAUGUGCGGCUUCCGCCGGUAUAAUCGGAGCAGGACCAGGGCUGGUGGCGGUCCACCCGCACAGGACAUCACAUCAGACACCCUGCAGCUCGCGCCUUCUGCCCCUCAGCACUGCCACUCGCGUGGUGGACAACAGGCCUCCCAGUUUUCAUUAUGUUUGACUUUAUGGUACUUUUCCCACAGGAAGGUUUACGUUUUUAUGUGGCUAAAGUUACAGAUCUUUCCUCUCUAUGGCUCCCGGGCAUCUUUCCUGACCAAAUCCCUGUUUCCUCAAGACCCUCAGAGUCCAGCGUCCGGGGACAACUGCCGGGCUUCCGCCUGGUUUCCCGGCCACGCCCCCGCUGGGAGGACAAGGACCAGCCGGCCAUCGUGCAGCUCACAGGCCCGGACCCUGUGCGGGCAGGACGCCGUCGGAUGCCACCCUGAAGGACAGGCAAGAUGUGGGGUGUCGUUACUGUUGGGUCUGGCUCCUGCUGCCAGGGCCGGGGUGGGGCCCUCGCCACCGCUUUGUACUGGACACGCCCAGGACCACCCCUGCUGGGCUGAACAACAGGCCCAAGUGGGCAAAGGGGGCCUUGCAGGUGUGAUUAAGUCAAGAUCCUUGGGAGCGAUGGAAGCAGCCCCAGUGCCCACGGACAAUGGACAGACAAGCAAACAUGGUCCAUCCAUGCAGUGGAAUGUGACUCAGCCUUACGAAACAGGGCAUUCUGACACCUGCUCCAAUGUACAGAGACCUGGAGGACAUUACACUGUGAUGAGCCAGACGCAGGGGGACAAACACUGUGAGUCCCCUUACGUGAGGUCCCCGGAGUAGUUAGAUCCACAUGCAGGGCGUAGCCGGUGGCGCCAGUGCUGGGGAUGGGGGAUGGGGACAGAGCUUCAGUUUGGGAAGAUGGGGCGUUCUAAAGAUCUGCUGCACAUUUGAAUAUAGCUGUCACCGCUUAAACAUGGUUAAGAUGGUAAAUUUUAUGUGUUUUUACCACAAUGUUUUAGGUUAAUUAAUUUUUAAAAAGGAAUCUUGAGACGGGGAGAUUAUCCUGGAUUUUCAGGUGGGCCCAGGGUAACCACAGGGUCCUUAGAACCUGUGGAGAAGAAAUAGCUGUCGGCUUAGGUUUGAGUAUGCAGCAAAACUAGUGUUUAAGAACAAAAGGAAAUGGAACACUUGCAAGGCAGUAAACACCUCGGGAGCUUCCGGAGCCUGUUGUAAAGAAACGUAUGAAAGAUUUCAAGAUGGUAGAAAGUGAUCCCAGGAGGAUGGCCCGAGAUACAGCAAAGGGUGAGGUAAAUUCAAACCAUGUUUUCUGUGUGGAAUUAUAUCAUGUGUGUUUCUGUGAAGCUGUUCUAACAGGUGGAACUGAAAGGGGAACCAUGACGAGCAGGGAGCCACCAUGUCCCCAGUGGCCUGUCGCUGGGCGAGGAGGUGUCACAGGGCACUGUGUCGGACUCUGUGGCAAACGGCCUACAGAGUGCUGUCACAGUUCUUCUGAGAUUUCACACUGUUGCAUUCAAAUACUUGACCAGUUGGAAUUCAUUCUGGAAUAAGGAGCGCGAAUUUGACUUCACUUUUUCUAAAUAUAAUAGCUAGCUAUGUACGGAACAUUCCGUUUUUACCAGUGAUUUUUUUAAAUGCCAUAUUUUUCUCUUUUAAGUCAUGUGAGCCUUUGCACACACAAACACAUAUAAGCACACAUGUGUGCACACACACAUGCACCGAUUGCUCAGUUUGCCUCUGGACCCCAACAGAUGCCACUCAAGUUCAUCUGGAAAGACCAACUAGGGGCAACGGGGACAGGUGGGUGGGGCUGCCCCGUGAGAAUGCUGGUCCUGCCCCCGGCACCGCCAGGCAUCUUGAUGUGGACAUGGCAUGAACUGUGAGACCAGGCCUGGCUCGCACUGCACUGGCUCAACAGGUCGGCUUCAGUCACUGGAACACAACUGGCCAGAUGAUCCUACACACGGGUCUGUGUGCACCUGGCCCCGGCACUAUCAGUCACUAGGAAAACGCAAAUGUAAAACGGCAGUGAGACCCCACUGCCCCCAUGAAAUCGGCCAGCGAGGAUGUGGAGGGACUAGAGCCUCUUGCUGGUGGGGUGCAGCAGUGCAGGCUCUAUGGGAGCUGGGACACACACUGCCGGCCGUUCAGCCGCUCCACUCCCAAAUUCACCAGGACAAAUGCAGACACGUCCACAGGGAGACGUGGGCACGAACGUCCAUGGCAGCUUUGUGGGUGAUAACCGAAAACUGCAAACAUCCCAAAUGUCUGUCAACAGGCAAAAGGACACAGAAACUGGUUCAGCUGUGUCAAGGGACCCAGCUGGGGUCUUGUCUCUUAAAACAAUCACACCGUGGGGGUGACCGGUCAGCUCAGUUGGUUAGAGCAUGGUGCUGAUAACACCAAGGUUGCCGGUUCAAUCCCCGCAUGGGCCACUGUG